CGAAAAGCCAGUCCCAGAAUGGCGUGGUCUGCGUUCCGUUCGCCCAGCCUGUAAUUCGAAAUUUAGGCCGUUGUCGGUCGUCUUGCACCGAAAUUUUCACGCCCAAUCGCCGAUCCGUCUAAUUAACCGUACGCGAAACGACGUUUCCGCGAAAAUCGCGCCCCAUCGUCGCCGGAAAAACGCCGUGCAAAGUGACAAAGGAUCGUCGAACAUCGAUUGACUCGCCAUAUCGCGUGCCGUCGGCCCGCUUCACACCGCAACACACGAGCACCCGACGAUGCGACUGAUACCACCCGAAUUAGCGGCGAAUUAUGAAAUCUGAAGUGCAAGAGGUCCGCGUCGAAUACGUCGAGAAUUCCUCGCAGGAAUACAACAAACCAACACCCUCGCCGCUAGCCCUGCUGGCUGCCACCUGCAGCCGAAUCGGCCCGACGUCCGGCGAACCAGCAACGUCGACGGUCGCCAUGUCGACGACGCCCACGACGCCGACGAACGUCAACGUCAAGAGCGUCCCGGUGGCGGCGAGCCCGCAAGUCGUCAGCGUGCCCGUCGGCCUGCAACAACAGCUGCAACAGCAGCUGCUCCAGCAGCAGGUCAGCGCCGCCGCCGCCGCCCAGAACCACCUCGCCUACAACGUCAUGCAGCCCAUGCAGACGGUCACCGUCGACGGGCAGGAGGCCCUCUUCAUUCCCGCCAUGUCCUUGGCUGGCGGUCAACAGCCCCAGCAAAUCUUCAGCCCGAGCCAAAUAAUCCGCUCCCCGAACACAGUCAUACCGGCGAACAUCCAGAACCUGCAGACGGUGCAGCUGUCGAACGGCCAGAGCGUGACCGUUCGACCGAGCAUACCGCAAAUGGUGCAGUUCCCCAUGCAGCAGACCAUACCGAUCCAGGUGCCCAUAUCGACGGGAAACGGCCAAACGGUGUACCAAACCAUCCAUUUCCCCGUCCAAUUGGCCACCGCCGCCAUGCCGAACAUCAUCCAGGCCUCGGCCCAGCCGCAAUUCGCCAACAUCCUGACGCCCAACGGGCAGAUACAACAGCUGCAGAUCGCCACCAGCGUCGCGGCGCCCCACACGCCGACGUCCGUCGCCCAGAGCACCGCGCAGAUUACCCAAGGCUUGAAAGCCGAUAUGAGCCCUAAGAUGGCGUACCGGCAGACGAUCAACUCGCCGCCGUUGGGCGUUCCGAACCUGAUCCAGGCUCAGCCGCAAAUAGCCAACAUUCUGAUGCCCAACGGGCAGAUACAACAGCUGCAGAUCGCUUCGAGCGUUGCGCAGGCCGCCGCUCCUCAGCAGACCACCACGCAAAUCCAAGCGCAGGUUGAUACUUCUCCGCAAUUGACUUUCACCGGCGCCAAUGGGCAACAAUUCACCGUUAUACCGGCCACGAAUUUGCAACAAGUCAGAAACGCCACAGUAGGAAACAUUGGAAAUUUAGGAAACCUCAUUCAAGUGCCUAACAUUCAAACGAUACCUAAUAUACAGAACAUACCGGGCUUGGGCAACGUUCAAGUGAUAACGCAACAGGCGCCGGCGCCGGCGCCGACCCAAAUCGCCGUCGGCCAGCACAUCCAGCAGGACCCGUCGGAUCCCAACAAAUGGCAGGUGAUCCCUACGGUGACGGCGGCGCCGCAGGCGUCCCAAGCGCAGGCGCCCCAGGCGUCCCAGGCGCCCACGGUGACGUUCGUGACGGCUCCCGAUAACAGUAACAACACUGUGCAAAUGUCUACCGAAUCGAACGCGACCGAUAUCAAGCAGAGGGUGCGACGGGUGGCUUGCACCUGUCCCAAUUGCCAGGAAGGUGAACGUCAUACGGAUCGUAAGAAACAGCAUAUCUGUCACAUACCGGGGUGUAGUAAGGUUUACGGGAAGACGAGCCAUUUGAGGGCGCACCUUCGGUGGCACACGGGCGAGAGGCCUUUCGUUUGUACUUGGUUGUUUUGCGGAAAAAGGUUUACCAGAUCGGACGAAUUGCAAAGGCAUCGACGAACGCACACCGGCGAAAAACGGUUCCAGUGCAACGAAUGCAACAAGAAGUUUAUGAGGUCCGAUCAUCUUUCGAAGCACUUGAAGACCCACCAAAAACAAAGAAUUAUGAAGCAGGACAUGCCUGAUGACCAAAACGAAGACGAAUCGUGGGAACCGGACCAACCGGAGGCCGCUUCAUCGCCGCAAAACGAAUCGCAGAAGCUUUGGAUAACGGAUAAUAAAACAGCCAUCAGCCAGCCGGUGGCGACGGCCGAAUCUCAAAGCGAAAUGAAACCAGUUUGGAUUACAGACAGCAAAAACAACAUCAAAUACGCUAUAACGCACGUAAAUUACUCGCAAGAAGCAGCCACUUCGACUCAAUCGGCUUCCUCGGACAGUUCGAGUAACGAAGAAAAAAUGAUGAUUACGAUAAGUACAUCGGAACCGGACGAGCUCAUUAUAGCCGAUGCUUUGGAUAGCUGAGCGCGAGCGCCUUUUUAUUUGAUAAGCGAAAAAGAUUGUUUGUUACGUUGAUUCUUUUUAGGAGAGGUCGCUUUUAUUUA